UUUAAGAUCUUGAAAACGACCCGAAUGGUCUGAAAAUCAUUGACAAAUGCGUUUUGUAUACAUCUUCCUGGCCACCAUGGUGGUUGUUUCCAUGACAGAGCUUCUUCCAUUCCGACCGGAAUCUGAUGAACAAGAUGGUAACUUUACGGAUUUUCCAGAUCUAUCUCUUCCACAGUUGGGAAUUGUAAUGAGCCAAAGAAGUUACGCGUACGUUACAGCUGCACUAAUCAUGAUGAUGUUCGCAGCAGUUGUUUACUGUCACGUUGUGUCUGUACGAAAAUCACGUUUUCUGGAGCAAUAUCAGCAACAAGGCACGCUUCCCGAGUGGUCUCCACUUCUCAUCGACAGGAAAAACAUUUGCCCGCCGCCGCCGUAUGAGCAAGUCGUCUGAAAAGUUGAAAACUGUCCACAACAGUUUGAUUUUUCUCAUUGUGUUAGUUCAAACGAUCAUUAUUGUUUAUUUUUCUAUUUUUCUAUUUUCCUCUUUUUUUCUCAACGCUUUUCUCAACUUUUUUCUUGGCACCCUCCCUCUAUCCUCAGAUUAAUUAUUCAUUAUACAAACUUUAAAAUUUAACCCAUUCCGACAAAAACCUUCGAAUUCCGACCAAAACGUUAAAAUAAAAAUGAGUGAAAAAAUAACAAAUUGCAUAAUAACCCAAAUUCUUAAUUGCUAUGACUGUGAAAUAUUUCUGUUAAUAAAACAUGUUGACAAAA